AAAAUAUCGAAUUCGGCAGCGAUUACAGAUUGCUGUUGCAUCGAGUUUGUUUCACAUUUUGUGAUCUUUUCAGCGCACCCCUGAAGUGCCAGUGCCGAAACAUGUCGGGUGUGUUCCGCAUCGGUGUACGCCUGGUGCAAGGUUCACCGGUUCCCAAGCCGUUCCUUGUGGCCGCGCGUAACAUUUCCGGCAAAACGUUGCGUGGUUCCAAGCUGAGCAAACCGAAACCGUUCCCGUACCUGGAGAAACAGUACACUGCUUUCAAUGCGUGCUUGGACGUGCUGACCAAGAAUACGACCAGUCGGUUCGAUGAAAAUACCAAGGUCGUCGUUGUCGAUGGACCGAUUGCGGCGGGAAAGUCCGCUUUCGCGAAAGAAUUAGCGACCGAGUUGGAAAUGAAAUACUUUCCCGAGGUAACGAUGGACAAUUACUACAUCAACUCCUACGGUUACGAUAUGCGCAAGCUCGAUCCCUUGCUGCCGGCGACGAUGCAGAGCGUCGAUGUGGCAAAGUUCCUGCAAGAUCCGACCAACCGUAAUGUGGCCACCUUCCAGGUGCGCAUGCUGGUUGAGCGUUUCUCGCAGUACAUCGAUGCGUUGGCGCAUCUGUUCAGCACCGGCGAGGGUGUCGUGCUGGACCGUAGCGUCUACUCCGACUUUGUGUUCCUGGAGGCAAUGUUCCGCAACGGGUACAUCUCGAAGGGAGCCCGCUCAGUGUACUACGAUCUAGUGAAGAACACCUUCUGCGACCUUAUGAAGCCGCACCUCGUGAUCUACCUGGACGUGCCGGUGAACGUCGUGAAGGAUCGCAUAAAGAAGCGUGCGAACCCGGCCGAGGUUGGCUCGAAGGCCCUUACGGAUCAGUACCUGAAGGACAUCGAAACCAUCUACAAGCAGCAGUAUCUGAAGGAAAUUAGCACACAUGCGGAACUGCUCAUCUACGACUGGUCGGACUACGGCGAGACCGAGGUCGUCGUGGAGGACAUUGAGCGUAUCGAUUUUGAUCGCUUCGACAAGGACGACCCGAAGAUGCGCGACUGGGUGCUGGAGAACGAGGAAGACUGGACCGAGGCCCGCUGCCGGUACAUGAACAAGCCGGACCUGAUGAACUCGCUGAACGUUCCCCGAUUCGACGUCCCGGAGCUGACCGUAUCGCCGGACGAUUUCAAGGCGUGGUACGACGUCUGGUACUCGGCACCGGGCAUGAAAUAUCGCAAGGGCUACAACGAGGAUUGUGGCGACACGGGAAUUCUGACCAAGAUGCAGUCGGACUUCCGCAAUACCCUGUAAAAAUCCGUGCAACAGAAUCCUUCCCGAAGGAGCAGUGUAAUGAAAUAAAUUGUUAAUUUA